AACGUUCGCUGGUUUUCGGCUGUAUUGGUUGUGCUGUUCUGCACUGUUGUUCACGUUCACGCCAGAGAGGAGGGUAUGCUAAGCUGGUCGGACCAGUUGGAAGGCAGCUCGAGUGAUAGUUGAAGUUUAGUUUCGUACUGUUCGCCUGAAGGCUCGUACAUCGCAUCGUGUCUGUCGUGUGUCGAGAGAGACUGAAAUAUACAACGCACCAGCGGGUCGGUUGUUUCUCAGCCUGUUCCAACUUUUCUCUGGUUUGGUUCAGUACCCUACACUAGUUUGCCGUCGUGGGUUCGAAGCGGGUUACAAGUGAACGUGGAAAAAGCAAACAUUGCGUGAUCGGGUGCAGUUGGGUUUUUAUUCCCCGACCGUCGGUACUUGUGAACAGCGACUUAACUAGUAUUUAGCGAUUGGCUAGAAGUGACAUGGUGAACAAUUUUCGGUGAAAUCGAAGCAAAUCGGUUGGUUGUCGUGAACCCACCGGACAACUGCUGCGGUCGAAUUAUUUGGGGGUUUUCCCAUUUAGCCGAGCAUCGCAGUGUUAGGAAAAGUUAUCAAAAUUGAGAGAAUAAAACGAAAACGUGAAUCCUCUAGUGAGUUAAGUGGCAGUAGCAGCGGCAGCAGCAGUGGUCACAACAGCAGCUCGGCAGCGUUAGUGGCAGCAGCGGAAGCCCACCGGAAGCAGCUGGCUCAGCACGAAAGGAUGCUGCUUGAUACACAGAACAAUAACACUGGCAGCGGUGGUAGUGGGAACAUGAGCGCCAGCUCAGCUAGAAGUGUGGCCGCUUCCGCGGCAGCCCUACAGGCGGCGGCUGCGGCCGCACUGACCGCCGCCAAGGGUGCAACGGAUUUCUCGAUCGCGGCAAUCAUGGCACUGCGGGAGGGCUCCGCAAGCCGGAGCCCUCUGGAAGCAGUUUUCGUAAGUGGUCCUCCUAGUUCGGUAGAUCGGUUGUCUGAGGUGGACGAUGAAGUGGACGUCGACGUGGAAGAGUGCUCCGAUUCGGAGGAAGCUUCCCGAUCCGGUCAGGAUCGGAAUUCACAUUCUAGAGCGACGGCAACGCCUAACAGUGUUUCUGACGAGGAGCGGCUCACCCCGGAACCGGCAUCGAAACGACCAACCAUCGUUGGAACGUGCAAUUCCGACGAUCUACGGCCGGUUCAGUGCCAUCUGGAAACCAAGGAGCUGUGGGACAAGUUCAACGAGCUCGGCACCGAAAUGAUCAUCACCAAAACGGGACGUCGCAUGUUCCCGACGGUACGCGUCUCGUUUUCCGGACCGCUACGCCAGGUGACCCCGGCGGACCGUUACGUGGUGCUACUGGAUGUUGUCCCGGUGGACAAUCGACGCUACCGCUAUGCGUACCAUCGUUCCGCCUGGUUAGUCGCUGGUAAAGCCGAUCCGCCACCACCGCCGCGGCUCUAUGCGCAUCCGGACACCCCGAUCGGAGCGGAUGCCCUCCGCAAACAAGUUAUCUCGUUCGAGAAAGUCAAGCUAACCAACAACGAAAUGGACAAGAACGGCCAGAUUGUUCUCAACUCGAUGCACCGCUACCAGCCCCGCAUCCAUCUGGUUCGGUUGGGACCAGGUCAGAACAUUCCCGCGACUCCGAAGGAGCUGCAGGAUGUGGACCACAAGACGUACGUCUUUCCGGAGACUAUUUUUACUGCCGUUACGGCCUACCAGAAUCAGCUUAUUACCAAGCUGAAGAUCGACUCCAACCCGUUCGCCAAGGGCUUCCGUGAUUCUUCCCGGCUAACGGAUUUCGACAGUUUCCCGGGCAUGGAUCCCAUGGACGCUUUACUACUUGAGCAGCAUCUCCGUUCGCCACUGCGCCUCUUUCCGGAUCCGUUGAUGGCUCAAUUUGGCGGUGCCGGACAAGAUCCGGACGGUGCUCAGGCGGCCCUCAUCGAAAAAGCACGUCAGCACCUGCAGAUGUGGGGUCGUGCCACACCCUACGGAGAUCUACUAAUUCCACAGAUGUACCAGCGACCGAAUCUAGGCGCCCUAAACCUGGGCCAUCUCUGGCAGAGCCAGUGGCCAUCGCAGUUCCCACCAGGCUUCCUCCCGAAUGCUGCGGCCGCAGCCGCCGCCGCAGCUGCUGCAGCUCCUCCACCACCUCCUCCGCGAACAACACCCCCACCGGCAACUCAAACCAUGGCCAGCCCUGCCAGUUCUGCCGGUUCCCCUUCGCCGGAUCUUCGUGCAAAGCAUUUCACCCGCUUCAGUCCGUACCAAAUCCCGCAAGCUCACCUCCAUCAUCCUUCGCAAGGUCUACCACCUUCCGCCUCAUCGUCUGCGCCUCACCAAUCGUCGCCUUCACCGCGAAGCCCCUCCAACUAGAGCGCCAACAUUGGAUCCACUAACAGCAGCAGAGGCUUCCUCGCUGUCAGCACCUUUGGGCAGCGAUUUUCGAAGCAAAUAGCGAAAUCAGUAUUAUCAACUCCGAACCCAAUCUCUCGCAACUAAUCAAGCAUCACCCGCCAACCUCCAUCUGUAAAUACCACGAUCGCGAUCACAUUUGCACUACUAAAUGCAAAACCGACAAAUGGUGUUAUUUAUUACUUUCCGAUACCGCGAUCGGCUCGAUUGCAAUCCUGCAACGAUCGAACGUUUUGUUUAAGUAAGUAAAUAAAUACGCGAACGCUAUGGGAUCUCCUACAGUAGAUUAAAGACAAUUUUUUUUCCCUUCGAAAGGUAACAAACUAUCAAAACUAGGUAAGCUGUUAAAAUUGAUGUGUGGGGAGACCGUGUGCAUGUGUAAGUGUGUGCGAGUCUUUUUUUCGGAAAUUGUUUCUAUCGGUUCUGUAAAUAAAAGUGAUUAUCGAUAAUUUAAUAAGAACAAAAAAACGAGUUGAGCACACACACACAAACACAACUAGCAAAUAGUAUUAUAUGCGUUAGCCACUAAGUAAGUAAUAUAUUCGAAUCGCUGGUAGGGUGUAUCGUGUUCCUCAAAAUAAGUAUGUUUCUCAUUUGAUGAAAAUGGUAAUAAAAUUUAAUAGACGAAUGCCGGAAAACCAGACCGACUGGUUGUUGUAGAAGAAAGGCAAAAACGUAAAAAAAGUGUUACGAAUGGCAAUAUGUAUGUAUGUAUUGCAGUCGUACGAAUAUUUGCAGUUGCAACUUUUAUUAAGCGAUGAUAAAUAACUUUAAAAGUAAACUGCUAAUGACAUGCGUACAUUUAGAUACCGGAUACAUUAUCACACUCACAGUAAGAAUGGGAAUGCUGUAAUGGGAUUAAGCUAUAAAUUAUCGCAAAUUUAUGUACUUGAAAAAACACGAGUUCGAUGUUGUAUAGGCAAAUUCAUGCAAAUAAA